AAAUAGCCGACGCGGAUGCUCUAAGAAUCACUGCAUAGGUCAAACUUGCUUACCUUCUGCUCUUUCUCAGUGAACGACGAACACGAUUACUAGUAAUUCAACUACCGGACUCAGAGUACACACAAACCCAUUCCUUUCUUCUCUCACACUCAUAUCCCCGAUCUUAAACCCGUCACACUGACGCUAACAACAAAAACUCCAUUAAGGUGCUUGCUUGAUUAUUUCUUGUAUGAGAUGAGACGGAGGCCUGUAAGUUCUCUGGCAACAUCAAACCCGUCGGGGAGUAAUGAAUCGAGUGAUGUGCCCGGUGUUGGUAAUGGAGACCAAACUAAUGAUAGCGUAGAGGGCCCAAAGAGGUCAGCAUUUGUGAUACUGGCUCUGUUUGUUAUGAUUAUAAAUGGGUCUUGGGCAGUUCAUCAUUAUCAGAACGAGAGUUUGCCAAUGCCUCUUACGGCUGGCCAGGCAGGUAAGAGGGGUUUCUCCGAGGAAGCAGCCAUGAAGCAUGUCAAGGCCUUAACUGAAUUGGGUCCGCAUCCUGUUGGUUCUGAUGCUCUGGAUGCUGCUGUGCAGUAUGUUUUGGAAGUAUCAGAAAGUAUUAAGAAGAUGGCUCACUGGGAGGUUGAUGUUGAAGUGGACUUUUUCCAUGCACAAUCUGGUGCAAAUCGUCUUGUCAGUGGGCUUUUCCAGGGGAGAACCCUUGUUUAUUCGGAUCUGAAGCAUAUUGUAUUAAGAAUCUCCCCAAAAUAUGCAUCUGAAGCUGGAGAAAAUGCUAUUCUGGUCUCCUCCCACAUCGAUACCGUUUUCUCAACGGAAGGAGCUGGUGACUGCAGUUCAUGUGUAGCUGUUAUGUUGGAGCUUGCUCGAGGAGUUUCUCACUGGGCUCAUGGAUUUAAGAAUGCAGUUAUAUUUUUAUUUAAUACUGGGGAGGAGGAGGGCCUGAAUGGUGCUCACAGCUUUAUAACUCAGCAUCCAUGGAGCAGUACUGUUCGUUUGGCUAUUGACUUGGAGGCUAUGGGUAUCGGAGGGAAAUCUAGCAUAUUUCAGGCUGGUCCUCAUCCAUGGGCUAUUGAGAAUUUUGCCACGGUAGCAAAGUUCCCAACUGGUCAGGUCAUCGCACAGGAUCUUUUUUCUUCUGGAGCAAUAAAAUCUGCAACAGAUUUCCAAGUUUACAAAGAGGUUGCAGGUCUUUCCGGGCUUGACUUUGCGUACUUAGAUAACAGCGCUGUAUAUCACACAAAGAAUGACAAAUUAGAGCUUUUGAAAUCGGGUUCUCUUCAGCAUCUUGGAGAAAAUAUGCUUGCAUUUCUACUUCAUGCUGGGGCUUCCUCUAAACUUCCUCAAGGCAAGGCAAUGGAAGCAGAUGAAAAAACUGGCCACAACCCUGCUAUAUUCUUUGACAUUUUGGGGACAUACAUGGUCGUAUACCGACAACGAUUUGCCAAUAUGAUGAAUAACUCAGUCAUAAUGCAAUCACUCUUGAUAUGGACUACUUCACUGCUAAUGGGUGGUUAUUCGGCUGUGAUAUCAUUGGCCUUGUCAUGCUUGACAGUUAUCCUCAUGUGGACAUGCUCAUUAACUUUCUCUGCUCUUGUUGCCUUCGUUCUACCAUUCGCAUCCUCAACACCAGUGCCCUUUGUUUCAAGCCCAUGGUUGGUAGUUGGUUUAUUUGCUGCUCCUGCUCUCCUUGGAGCGUUGGCUGGCCAACAUUUAGGUUAUCUGAUUCUUAAAACAUAUUUGUCGAAAGUAAUUUCCGAAAGAAUGGUGAAUCUGUCUCCUGUUACGCAAGCUAAUUUGGCCAAGUUAGAUGCUGAAAGAUGGCUCUAUAAAGCUGGUUUGGUGCAGUGGCUCAUCCUUCUGAUGAUUGGAAAUUAUUUUAAGAUUGGGUCUUCUUAUUUAGCACUUGUUUGGCUAGUCUCACCUGCAUUUUCAUAUGGCUUGCUUGAAGCAACUUUAUCCCCAGCCCGGAUACCAAAGCCACUCAAAACUUUAACGCUGCUGGUGGGCUUAUCAGUGCCAUUUUUAAUUUCUGCUGGCAUAUUUAUUCAGCUAGCAGGCACAAUUAUUGGGAUUGCAGUUCGGUUUGACAGGAAUCCUGGUAGCACUCCAGAGUGGCUGGGGAAUGUCAUACUUGCUAUGUACAUUGCCGUUAUUAUAUGUCUGACGUUGGUGUAUCUCCUUUCAUAUGUUCACAUUUCAGGUGCAAAAUUGCCAAUUAUCCUUGCAACCUGUACUAUGUUUGGCCUUUCGCUGAUUGCAGUAUUAUCUGGUAUUGUUCCACCAUUUACUGAAGACACUUCCAGAGCUGUAAACGUUGUGCAUGUUGUAAAUACAACAAAAUAUGGAACAAAUCUGGAACCCGACUCUUACAUUUCUCUAUUUUCAACAACUCCUGGAAAGUUGACGAAGGAGGCUGAACAGAUAGGAGAAGGUUUUGUCUGUGGUAGAGAGAAGAUUCUUGAUUUCGUGACUUUUUCAGUUCAAUAUGGUUGCUGGAGCCACCAGGAUGCAGGAAGUGGAUGGAGCGAAUCAGAUAUUCCGACCCUGCAUGUUGAUAGUGAUAUAAAGGGAUAUGACAGAAUUACUCAAGUUUCGAUUGAUACAAAAGUUUCAACACGCUGGUCUCUUAAAAUCAAUACUAAAGAAAUAAUGGACUUCAAUAUCAAAGAUAACAGUGAAGAGUUAGUUCCCCUCGGGGACAAAAACAGCAUUAAAGGAUGGCACAUUAUUCAGUUUUCAGGAGGGAAGAAGUCCCCAACAAGGUUUAAUCUGACUCUUUUGUGGGCGAAAAAUUCUGCCAAGCUGACGCACAUGAAGGACCCGCAUCUCCUUCUGAAAUUAAGAACUGACGUGGACAGAUUGACACCAAAAACGGAAACAGUUCUUCGGAAGCUUCCUUCUUGGUGUUCCUUAUUCGGGAAGUCCACAUCUCCCAUGACCUUAGCUUUCUUGACUAGUCUACCUGUCAAUUUCUAGGUAUCUGAACUUUCAUGUCUGUCUUGCUGCGUAGGCGCGAGAGCUCAUACACACACCAAGGACACAAAAUAAAGAAGAAGACACGAUCAUGCGAAAGAAUUGAAGUUACCCAUGGAAUCGAAGAAGAUAGAUUUUUCAGUUUCUUUGACAAAUUAUAAGCAGGCACGAUGUGCUGAUACAAAAAUGUGUGAUUUAUUUGAAUUAAGUUAUUGAGUGUGGAUAUUUAACAGGGAAAAAAAAAAAAAUAGUAUGUGAUGUAGAGGAAAAAUUACUCAAAAUUACCCAUGUGUUAACUAGAGAGCCACACUGUAUCUAUCUUCUUGUGGAAAACAUUUCUAAAUCUCCCCCUUUUAAUUGUAAAA